CAAACAAAAAGAAAUACUAGUAAUGUCAAGCAAGCAUAAUUAAUGAAUAAUUUUGAAUAUGGAUAAUGAUAAUGCCGAGUAACGAGUUGUUGACCUUUGUCAACUUGAACUUGAAUAUAUGUUUGGUAGUGAUAAUUAAUAGUUACUGGUGAGGUGAUAGAAAAUGACUUUAUGACCACUUGGAAAAUGAAGACUAUAUCUUUUCUUUUUAAAUACUAUAUAUUCCCUCCAUUUGAUAUUAGUCUUUUUUUAAUCUUUAAAUUUGUGUUAUUAUAAUAUUAUUCAUGUUUUUAAUGUACAUAUUAAAUGAAAUUUUUCAGUUUUAUCUUUAUUUUAAGCUUAUUAAUUAAUAAAAUUAGAUAAAUAAUUUGAUAAAAACAUAUAUUAAAUAAGAAUAAAAUAAAAAUUUAAUACAUGUAAAAAAUAAACGACGUUUAUUAUGAAAUGGAUAGAUUAUUAUUUAAUGCAUACACUGUUUUAUUGCCAAACAAGAAAAUUGGAAUAUAUCAUACGUUUAGAACAAAUAGCGCGAAGUGUGAGUAGUAGAAUAAUUUUUUAUUUAAAUGCCACAAAGCUAUAAACGAUCUUAUUCUUUUUCCACUGAAUUAAAUUUAUAUUAACAUCAUGUUUUUUGAGAGAGUUACAAAGCCGGAUCAACCGGUAACAAAGCCCGCCCGAGAGUUAUACGGGAAGCUAAAACCCCCAAAGAUUUGAGUUAAAAAAAAUAAACCCCAAAGAUUAAGGGAGGCUAAGCUGGGCAAGAAACAAUCUUAUUCAAAUUCUUAAAAAUGGCCAUCUCCGGUAUCGAAUGCAUAUACUAAAAAGUUAUGCUGUAUCAUUCACAGCCUUGUUUAUCAGCUCCAAUCGCAUACACGAUGCAUGCAUGAGCAAUGAAUUGCUAAUUAGUAACGACAGUAAUUCAGUCCCAUUGUUACAUUUGCUUAAACCCCAUUAAAGUUUAGAUUUACACCAGUCAAUCAUAUUCAUAUUGUCUAGGUAAAGACAUUACCGAGAGUCUUGAUUGACUAAUUAAAUCCUCGGCUAAUGUUUCACCACAUUUUCAAGCUGUUUAUAUCCAUUGGACCACUACAAUCGUCUAAAACUUCAAACUAUAAUUUUUUUGCUAUAACUUGAUUAUGUUAGAUGAUAGAUACAGCAUGAUCUAAUUAAACUCUAGCAAUCUUAUGCCAAAUAUGAUUUACAUAUUUGUGUUAGAUACAGCUGAUCUACUAAUUAAACUCUAGCAAUCUUAUGCCAAAUAUGAUCUACAUAUUUGUGCUAAAUGCAUUUGCGAAUACCUUAUAAACAAGAUUUGGUGAGAAGAAAAUGUUAGACCAUGCGCAUUAGGGGUUUUAGUGAGGUUCAUGGGCUCGAGUUCUAAGGGGCCGAUGAAUAAAAGAAAAUAAAAAAUGGGUUCGUUUUGAUGAACCGGGCCUUGCGAGUGAUACCGUAUGAAGCGGGUUCAAGCCACGCGUCGGGUGUUGAUUUGCUGAACGAAAGCGCGUAGAGGAGGAGGAAAGUUGGGGUUCGACGUGUAUCGCCUCAUUUGUUCUUCUCCACCAAAAAGCUAGGGUUUUUUUGUGAGAGGCGAUAUUUCGUGCGACUUCGUCUCCUGGAGGUUUUCUCGUUCUAAUCGACGACGGAGUGUCUUCUACACUUGCUCAGGUGAGUAUCGAGUAGAUUGAGGGUUGAAUUGGUUCGAUUUUGUGGUGGAAACUCGAAACCGUUUUCUCGGAUUUCAAUUAAAAAUUGGGGCUUUCGCGUUAGGGAUGUAAAUCGAAGUCUGGGUUUCGAAUAAUUGCUGUAAAUCGUCAUGGUCGUUUCAUGUAGGGUUCGUUUCUUUGAAUGUUCGAAAGGGAUUUGCGAUUUGUGUGAUUUAAAAUCGAUUUGGGGGUUUUUUUUUAGGGUUCUUAAUCGAUAUGGGAGUUCAAUUGUGGUAAUGUGUGCUAAUAAUCUGUCGUUAAUGUGUGCUAAUAAUUGCGAUUGAGGGUUCACGGUUUGUUUAAAACUCGAUUGUUGCAGAUGGAAACUUCCCGAGAACCUCAUUUCUUCAAGCCUCUUUUUCCUGGUUUUCAAAGUGGCGUCGCAAUACCACUUGACUUCUACGCAAAACACAUACAAGGGGCUGAGAUCAAUAAACCAUGGAAGCUAAGAUCGGACGCUUCGGAUCAAAUUUGGGAGGUGAUCCAAGAAGGCAGGACACUCACCAAAGGUUGGAAAGAGUUCACCGAAGCACAUGAUCUUCGAAUCGGUGACAUUGUCAUCUUCAAACACGAAGGAGACAUGGUCGUUCAUGUGACUCCUUUUGGUCCUAGCUGUUGUGAGAUUCAGUAUACACAUCCUCACAUCGUUAAGGCAGAAGCCGACGCGGAUGAUGCUCCUACUUUCUCAUACGACUACUGCUUCUUGGCUGAGGUUACUCCUACAAAUCAAAAGGACGACAAAAUGUUUCUUCCUGUGGAAGCUAUGAGGUGUGGUGCUUUGAACCAACAAUGCAAAGAGGUCAAACUUGUCAACAAGGAGGGAAAGUCAUGGACUGCGCGCUUCGGAUUUAGCGAAUCAGACGGCGCAUAUUACAUCAACAGAGGGUGGAGAAAGUUCUGUCGUGAUAACAUAUGCACCAACGGAGAUUUGUUUGUGUUCAACGUGGUUGGAGUCGGGACUACAACUCCAUUACUGUGUGUAUGUCCGGAAAGGAAGGAGUGUACUGAACUACUGAUCAAGCACUUCAGCAGAAUCGAUGGUAAGUCUUCUCAUUUGACUUGUUUGUGUUGUCUAUAUCUUCAAUGUUACUACUUUGCUUCUGCUUUAACUUGUGUUCUCUUCUUCUACAGGUAGCAUUGCUUCUACCUCACGAAAUUAGAUGGCUCUUUUGCGGUCUUUCCUCUCUAUCAUCUUAACUUGUUUCUUUUUGUUUCAUUAGCAACUUAUCAACUUAUGUAUUUCGGUUUGUAAAACUUGAAUGGUUUUUCUAUGUGAACUUUUGUCCUAAGUUAAACAUUCUCGAACUUAAUUCCUUUGUUGAAUGCGUAGACUGAUCAUCGAACAAAAUGUUUCUAUGAAUUGAAUUUAAGUUAAGAAACAACAUAAAAUUUUAAAACAUAGCUUUUCUACAUUUGAAAACACAAACGAAAACUUAAACUCCAAAACUAAAACAUAGGGUGAAUAAAAUGUUUUCAUAAAUUUUAUAAUAUAUUUUAAUAUUUUAUUCAUGUAUUCUGAAUAAUUUUAAAUUUUUAAAAAAAUAAAAAAAAAUAUUAUUAUUUUAUUCCUAUGAACUCCUUCUUCGGGUUCACUAAUGCAGAAAACUACAAAUUCGGGUUCAUAACUGUUCAUGGGCCCACAAUAAAAUAUUAAAAAAAUUUGGUGAACCCCAAAGUGGGGUUCACCAAUGCUCAUGCUCUUAGGUCUCUUCGAAUUGCAAAAUCAACACAAUAAUAGAGCUAGGUUCUCUCCUGGUGUUGACACAUCAGACUUUUAGAAUCUUAAGAGGUUGAUAUGUCAUUAAAUGAAAAAAAGUUGAAAGUUAAUGAAAAUAUUUGGUUUCUCCACGUCAUUCACAUCUUAACCUUUUUCUCUUUCUUUAAUUUCAUCGAAGACGGGAUUGGUUUGGGAGAUGGAGAAAGUCGCAGAGAAGAGUUGUGGGCAUAGAAAGAUGAGGCGAGGAAAGUCUUCGGCGGAGAUUCCCUUUGAUUUUAGGAAGUGAUCAUAGCGGAGAGGAUGACGGGAAGGUUGUCCACCGGUGGAGCAAGUCUGGGAUUGUGAAGGAUUAUUCCGAGAUACGAGAGGCAUCUUAGAUUUUCACGGUGAGAGGUCUGAAACUGAAGAUAGAGAGGUCUAGAGUUUGGAGGAGGAAAGGAAAACGACGAAGAUGAAGAUAGAGGUUAAAGAUGAAGUGAAGCAUAUAGGUAGCCAUUGAUAUCGUCGUCGCUUCUUAAUUUCACCAUCGACGAACAAUCCCAGAAGAUGAAUCAUCUUCUUCUGAAACUCCACAUCCGAGAGCAUCACAUGUUAGACGAGUCGACUAGACUGAUGAUCGAGACUGGAAACGUUUGAGCCGGCGAGAUCUGAUCUGGCAGCGGCUGUGCAUACGGCUCAGCUUGAUUCUCGUUGACAUCUCAUCCCUUCGCUAUUGAGUAUACAUUGACUAAUUGUUAGAUUAACUUGUCUAGAGAGGCUGCGGUUUAGAGAACUUAGGGGUUUGCUGGAAUUGAUCACUGCUACUGCUUAAUGCUUGCACUCUGCUUGAUUAUGACAAUGGGGGAUUUAAAGAUGAUCAUGAAGGUGUUUACUUUUUUUUUUUUUUGUAGGGACAUUUGGUUAUUAACUAUGACCAGAAAGUCAUAGGUGGUUUCUACGAUGUGUAUGGGAUUACAUCUAAUUCUCUUUAACAAGGGAAGAUGCCAGUUCAAGGUUAUAACAAACGAAUUAAAGUAUGUUUUUUUUAGAUUUGAAAAGACUGAUGUGAUCUAUGGAUUGGUUAUAACAUAUGUGCUUUGUGUGCGUAGACAUCAUCACUAAGCUUGAAGAGGCGUUAUUGCUUGAGCCAAAGAAACAUGUUGGGAUUAUGGAUUGGUUUCAUGGUCUCAGAAAAUCACGUGAUAAGGGAAUCUCUUCAUGGGGUUGGAAUCUGAAUGGCUAGCAUUCUACUCAUCAUGCGCUAUUUCCUUGGGCCUUGACUGUAUAUGAUGGUACUAGCCUAUGUGACUUUGUCUGAAGGCUAUCUUAUUUCUCUCUGUAUAUUACUUGUAAUGUUGCUUCUGUUUGUAGGUGAGCCUGACACAGAGUUAAAGCUUUCAUGUCGACAAAGAUCUCCCUUUCUACAAAACAAUUACCGAGAUAGUAGCUUCAAGCAGCUAUUUUUCGUAUAUACAGUAAGUAUUCUAUUUAUCAAGUGGAUAUGCAUAUCGAAAUCUUGUGCUGCUUUUGUAACUAGAAAAAAACAUUAUUUCUGAAAGCAUGUGAAAUAAGACUUUAAGAAAACAACCUUUAGAAUAUCUAAACCGUGCACAUUUCACAUGUGUGUGUGUCUGUUUUCAUACUUUUUCCUUAGUUGAUGGACCUCUACACAUUGUUAUAUUUCAAUAUCUGAAAUGGUAGCACUUGUAGAGUCCUGGAAGCAGAAUCUGAGGAAAACCUUAAGAUUUACUACUUUUGUUUAGUUGGUGAACACUGGAAAGGAAAGAGCAAAAGUGAGCCUUAUUUUUUACAUGGGCGGUGAGUUGGCAUCUGAUUCCUUUCUAUUACAUUACUUCCAGAAGAGCAGAUGUUUACCAGCUUUACAUUCUACAUAACUCAAUUGGUGGGACCUCACAUAUGUCAGGGGGUCAUGUAAAUGAGUCAUUCAUGUAAGGAGGAAUAUGUGACAUAUUUUCCAUAAGUGAUUAUGGCUUCAAGUCAAUGUGUAAUUGUUUUUUAUUUUGGGUCUGUCUUCCUUUCAGAAGUGAAGAUGGGUCUCUGGCGUCCUCUUAAAUCACAAGUAAGUCACUUUAUCUUAAUAGCUUUAAAAGUAAAACUGUUGGUUUGCAUAUAUCUCGUGGUCCACGUUGACAUUAUUUCUUAUUGGUUUAAUGGAAGACAAUUAGGAAAGGCAGUACCUGAAGUUUUAUUUGUUACAAGCGACCUUACAUUUCAAGUGUGCUAAUAUAAUUGAUCUGAUGAAUGAAACAAAACAAUAAGAUUUGUUCUCUAAACCUGAUGUCAAAGUUUUGUUCUUUAAUCGAAUCUCUUUUGUUUUAAACAUAGGUUCCACUACUCCACGCAGAGAUUCACAUGCUAGGCUUUGGCACACUGAUACUGAGUGGCACCAGUCAAUCAGUAGCGUCAAUAUUCAAUAUCAUCAUCAUAUUUCAUUUUCAGUAUAUGUGUUUUUAUUAUGUUAAUAAGAGUAAGUAUUCCGUUUUUUCAAAAAGAAAACAAAGUAUUCCCCAAGAUACAAUAUAACAGUAAAAAAAUCAAAAAUAAAACAAACUUUA